UACUGGUUGCAAGGUGAAAGGGAAGGAACCAUGGAAGUUUUUAUCGAUAACUUGCCUGGACAUCCAGACAACAUUAGACACAACGGCCAAGAUAGAUUCUGGAUUGGAUUGGUAGCAGGAAGGACAAGGCUGACUGACACUUUAAUGAAGAUAGCACCACUGAAGCACAUCUUGGCCCUUCCGGGUGUGCUGCAGAAGAUCUCCGCGUCCUCAAAGAUGGCCAAAGUUCUAGCAGUUGGCCAAGAUGGGGUGCCGCUGGCAUUCUAUGAAGAUCCGACAGGGAAGUUGAUAGCCUUGGUGACGACGGCCUUGGAAGUCGGCGAUUAUCUCUAUCUGGGAAACUUGGCCAGGAACUACGUUGGCAAGUUGAAACUUCGGCAGCUUUAGUCACGCCCGACGUGGCCACCAAUAAAGUGUGUUGCUUUUUCGA